GGACAGCACAGGGAUGACCAGAGACUGCGGACAGCACAGGGAUGACCAGAGACUGCGGACAGCACAGGGAUGACCAGAGACUGCGGACAGCACAGGGAUGACCAGAGACUGCGGACAGCACAGGGAUGACCAGAGACUGCGGACAGUACAGAUGACUGCUGACCUUUGGGGAGGUGGGGAGCGGGUACCUGAAUUUGACAGGUACCCGCUCUUCCGCAGUUGUUCUUUGAUCUUACCUGUUCCUCGAUCCAGCCGCGCGCUGUCUUCCCGGCUUCUUGUGGGCGUUGGGCAUGACAGCCGGGUGCCAAGUGCGCAUGCGCAAGAAGCGGUGCUUUUUGUGAAUGGUAAGGCGGUACCUGGGACACAUGACAGAUCCCAGAAGCCGCCGGACCAAUCACAAAGCGCAAGUGCUUCUCGCUCAUGCGCACUGGGCACCCGGCUGUCAUGCCGAGCGCCA